AAUCGCAGCCAAUAGAUGCUGUUGUUGAGUUGGGCUGGGAUUAGCAGGAGGCGAAUGAGUUUCAAUUUUACUGGAUUACAGAACAAAGAAAAAGGGAGAGGGACACCCUGCUCUGUUAAGGGGGGUGGGGGGAAGAGGAAUAAACUAAGAAUAAAUACACAAAUCAUAGAUUAUAAAACGUGCGAUCGAAGUCAACAGUGUGAUGAUCCGGAUUACGAUGUUUUAGCGGGCGGCACGGCUACGUUGUGGAUGGGAAUCGCGAGCGUUUCUGAUGGAUUAAAACGGGGGGAAUGAAACCUAUUCCGGGAUUGACAGCAGCAACAAGGCUCUUUAAUCGCUAAUUAAGAGGGAUGGCUCAGAUGAGGAAGCUGGCGUCCGACGGCGUCCGGACGAGCUCCCGGGGCGAGGCGCUGGUGUCGGCCCGACAGGAGAUCCUCACCAGCCUGGUGUCCGCCCUCGACUCGGUGUGCAUGGCCAUGUCCAAGCUCAACGCCGAGGUGGCGUGCGUCACCGUGCACGAGGACAGCGUGAUUGCCGUGGGCACGGAGAAGGGCCGAGUGUUCCUCAACUCCAGGAGGGAAAUCCAAACAGACUUCUACAAGUUCUGCCGGGGGCCGUGUCUGCAGAGUCUGGCCACAGCGAACGCUCACACCAAAGACCAGGAAGGCGAUCCCAGCAAACCCAGUAAGGACGGCGAGCACGGGAAGUCGAGAGCUCCGUCGGACGCCCAGUCCAACGUCUUCGUCCUGAGGAAGAUGGUGGAGGAAGUCUUCACUGUACUUUACAGUGAGGCCGUGGGGAAGAGCAGCCUGGUCCCCGUGCCUUACGAGUGGAUCCAGAAGGACCCGGGCUGUGUGGCGGCCCGCGGUCUGCCCGAGGGAGUCGCCCUGAAGAAGCCCUCCGAGUACGACACCAAGACGCUGAUGAAGAUCCUGGAGCAGAGCCACCGCAUCCAGUUCACAGUCAAAAGGCCAGCAGAAGAUUUGCCCCGAGAGGCCAAGCCCGGCGCCGACGUCAAGCACAACUCUUCCGCCGCCGCCGCCGCCAUGACACCCGGCAGCCACGGCGCUGGGAAGGCCGCCGCCCACGUGGUCCCGCCACCGAGUCCCGCCUCUUCCAGCAACUCCGUCCUGUCCAACUUCCUCUACGGCAUGCCCAUGUCCUCCAAGCCGCACCCGGACGGCAAGCUGGAUUUCAAGCCCGUGUCCCUCCUCAACCUGGGCAAGGACCGACUGGCCAACUGGGCCGCGGGGACGGACAAGGCGGGCGCGUCCGUCAGCGACGGCGCCGCCAACGAGGAUUCGACGAGACCCCCUGGGGAGCAGGGUCAGAGCCCCCCUGGCAUCCACAUCUCCAAGAGGCUGCUCUUCUCCAUAGUGCACGAGAGAUCGGAGAAAUGGGACUCUUUCAUCCGGGAAACCGAAGACAUCAACACGUUGAGGGAAUGCGUUCAGAUCUUGUUCAACAGCAGAUACGCCGAGGCUCUGGGUCUAGAUCACAUGGUGCCUGUCCCCUACCGCAAAAUCGCCUGCGACCCGGGCGCCGUGGAGAUCAUCGGCAUCCCGGACCAGAUCCCCUUCAAGAGACCCUGCACCUACGGCGUCCCCAAGCUCAAGCGCAUCCUGGACGAGCGCCACGGGAUCCGCUUCAUCGUCAAACGAAUGUUUGAUGAAAGGAUUUUCACCGCCGCUGGCAAGAUGGCGAGGGAGGAGGGCAAGCACGACCCGGGCUCCGUGCCCGAUGACGGCUUCCCGGACAGCCUGAGCACGCCGCCCGCCGCCGCCGCCGAGCCGCUCGGCAACGCUCACAGCAGCAGGUCAGCGAGUGCGUGCGUGAGUCCUCUGGCUGACUGUGAAGCAGGUCCUUCGGGAGAUUGCAUUCCUUUGAAAAGGAUUAAAACGGAGCCUCCAGACGGGGACAUCAUUCAGGUCACCGUGCCGGAGGCCGCCGCGGCGGGGGAGGAGCCCAGCGAGGGGGGGGCCGCGACGUGUCCGGCCGCCUCGGCCGAGCCCGCCGCCCCGCCCGCUGCACCCGCUGCACCUGCUGCACCCGCUCCACAUCGCCAAAUGGAGAACGCAGCUGAAGCCGUGUCGCCGUGCGCUGCGUCUCAGAGCCUCAGGAGGUCCUCUGAAGCAGGGAGUCUGGUGGAGGACAUCGGUGAGAUGAUUCUUCAACUCCGGAGACAAGUGGAGAGCCUCUUCAGCAUCAAGUAUGCCGACGCGCUGGGCCUCCCCGAACCGACCACGGUGCCCUACUCCAAGUUCCAGAUGUACCCGGAGGACCUGUACGUGAGCGGGCUGCCCGAGGGCAUCGCCAUCCGCCGGCCCAACUGCUUCGGGGCGGCCAAGCUGCGCAAGAUCCUGGCCGCCGGCGCUCAGAUCCGCUUCGUCAUCAAGAGGCCCGAGCUGCUGACUGAGCAGGUGAAACUGGAGUUGCCUUCGAUGCCCAUCUGCGAGCCAGAGCCGGACGGCGCGGAUCCAGAGACGGAGGAAGGCGCCGCCGCCGCCUCCAAGAGGCCCGCUUUCUCAGAGUGCCUGGAGUCCAAGCUGUCCAGGAUCGACCUGGCCAACACGCUGCGCGAGCAGGUCCAGGACCUGUUCAACAGGAAGUACGGCGAGGCGUUGGGCAUCAAGUACCCCGUCCAAGUGCCUUACAAGAGGAUCAAGAACAACCCGGACUCGGUCCUCAUCGAGGGCCUCCCCCCCGGCAUCCCCUUCAGGAAGCCCUGCACCUUCGGCUCCCAGAACCUGGAGCGGAUCCUGGCGGUCGCCGACAAGAUCAACUUCACCAUCACCAGACCGUUUCAAGGACUCAUUCCAAAACCAGCACCUCGACGCGUCACCUUGCUGAAGAAGGCCUACGCCUCCAUAAGCGACGAGGACGACAUCAACCGCAUGGGGGAGAAGGUGGUCCUUCGGGAGCAAGUCAAGGAGCUGUUCAACAAGAAAUACGGUGAGGCUCUGGGCCUGGACCGCUCCGUCGCCGUCCCGUACAAGCUGAUCCGCGGCAGCCCGGAGUCGCUGGAGGUCGGCGGCCUGCCGGACGACGUCGCCUUCCGGAACCCCAACGCCUACGACGCGGCGUGCCUGGAGAGGAUCCUGCAGGCAGCCGACAAAGUGACGUUCGACGUCAAGAGCCAGCUGCAACCUUUUGCAGAGAUCUGCAGCCAGGCGUCUAACACAGUAGCAACCGACGCCUCCACCAAUCGACGGAAGCGCAAGAGAGUCCAAGAGAGCAGCCGGGGUCCCGCCUCCUCCGACCUGUCGACCAAUCAGAUCCCAGUGAUGCAGUGGCCCAUGUACAUGGUGGACUACAGCGGGGUGAACGUGCAGGUUCCCGGCAAAGUGAACUACUGAAGAACGGACCUGGAAAAAGGGGGAGGAGUCUGCCAGAGAGCGCCGCUCACGCCUCUUCCGCACCGACGCUUUGUCAGAGACUGAAACACACGGAAUACGACAGAAUGUACUCGGAUCGCAGCGCAGGGCUUGUUGUGUGUGUGUGUGUGUGUGUGUGUGUGUGUGUGUGUGUGUGUGUGUGUGUGUGUGUCGGCGCCGACGUUGUUUUGUUUGUUUUUUCCCCGCAAAGACGAAGACGCGUUUGUCCACUGAGUCACGUCGCUGUAUCCGGCAUUUGGUUGCAAUGUAUCACUGACACACACACACACACACACACA